UUUCAGAUAUUACGCGCGCUUUUCUUUCGGGCGUAUGAUGAUGUUGUUUUGACUGAAAAUUUUGUUUGUCUAUCGAUCGCCAAUUUCCAGUUCAUCGUUGCAACUCUAUUUGCCUGUUUUGUAAUUUCGAAUCGUGAAGCUCAUCACAUCACAUUUCUUAGUUAUGGGCAACAAACAGAAAAUAUCAGGUAAAGACCGUCGAGCAGCUCUACGUGAGGAAAAGAAGAAAGCUUUGGCAUCACGAGCUCUAGUGACCAGAGCGAAAGAGAAGCUUGACCCAUUAGAUGAGGUGUCCGUUUGUUUGAAAAUGAGUUUAGCAAACUUUGAUGCCAUUGUAUCAUGUUCUCAUUGGAACAACCUUGAUCCUGAAACAGCUGAGUGGGUCCUAAAACUAGAGGAAACUAAUGUCCGAGAAAUGUAUGAAAAAUGCGACUGGGGUUGGAAUGGAAAAAUGAAGAAAGAAGAAAUGACUGAUGAUGAUGCGAGGUAUCUUAUUGCAAGAUCAUCAGAUGGAAAACGUCUUGGGUUUUCUCAUUUUAGAUUUGAUAUGGAUUUUGAUGAUGAAGUUCUGUAUUGCUAUGAACUACAGAUUGAAGAACAUGCUCGCAGAAAAGGUUUAGGUUGUUUUAUGCUCGGAGUUUUAGAAGCCCUAACAGUACACUACAACAUGAAAAAGACAAUGUUAACUGUUUUUAAGCACAACCACCCUGGAAAGACUUUCUUUAAGAAAAAUGGAUACAAGCCUGAUGAAACUUCUCCUGAGGAUACAGAAGAUGAAAUUUUUUGUUAUGAAAUCCUGAGCAAAUACAAUCUUCAUUUUAUUGCACCUGCUGUUUAAGAGAUUACUAUCCCUCUAAUUAACUUUUCUGAUUGCUGUUUCCCUGUAUUUUAAAUACCUGUUUUAUUUUCUGCCUGUGAUGAAAUUCUGUAGCAAGGUCAAAUGUCUUUGUUUGGCUAUUUUUGUCCUAAUUAAGGUUGUGCUGAUAUUCCUUCAUAUUCUCUGCCUUUUUAAUUGGUUUUUAAAAAGGUGCAAAUGGAAUUUUUUUUACAUCUGCUCUCUUUUGUCGAUCUGUAAAACCUAUACGCAUGUUUAAGUUGGCUGUAAAAUAUGAUUAUACUAUAUUCCACAAUUUCCUGUUUGUAGAUAUGAUGAACUGAAAUGAUUUUUAUUUUCACAUUUGUGGCUUGGUCUUAGAAGAAGGUGUCUAUUUUUGUGUAAUUAGUUUGCUUCAGACCCUUAUUUGUACUGUGUAUGUACUGAUACUUUAUGUAACAGUUUGCCUUUUACCUUCUGUUUUAAGCUUAUCAAAACAUUCCUUAAUUUUUUAUUCAAUAUUGUGUAGGUAUUAAUUUUUCCUGUUGUUUCGUGUAAUGAACUUGUACAGUACCGGUACUUUGAUUUGGAUUUAUGAAUGAACAAAAUUUGAUAAGAUUAUAAGUCAAACAAGUUUGUUCCAAUUUUUUGUUUUGAUUUUGACACUAAUGUCAUUUUUUAUUAAUUUUGCAAAACUUGCAGUUGUUUUUUUUGGUGUAAAUAAUUCAUCACAUCUGAAUACUUUGUGUUUUCUGCUAUGUGUAUGUCUGACAGGAUAGUAUGGUCUACAGGUAUGCAUUUCUCAUUGAGAGAAAUUUUUUAAUUGCUUUUGUAAUACUCACUUGAUACCUGAAUUCUUAGUCCAAUGUGGACAUAGGCUGUCUCAGCAUGCUUGGAAAAGUUGUGCCUUUUCAUUAUGAAUGUGCCACAUUUAAUUUGAGGGGUAGACUAUGGUCUUUAUUUAUUGUGAAAAUGAGGAGGUGAAUCAAUAAAUGUGUCAUAAAUAUGUA